UCUCUCAUGUAUUGGGACGGACAUAAUAUUUUUCGCGAUAAUUACGAAGCGCGUUGAAUCUUUGCGGACGCGGUAAUCGAGAGACGUUUCGAGGGGAGGGGGGGUGGUGGUAUGAGAAAUGGCGGGGCAUGUUCGUGGAUGUAGCCACGUGCGAGCAGCCGAUGCCAAAAGGAACAAUAGACUUUUCCUGCGAUCCUUAACGACGCGGUGUUGAAGUUAAAACUAACUAACUAAUUAACCAACUAACUAAGCAAGUGCUUGGCACAUACGGAGCAUGUAAGACAAUGCGGUGGUGUGGUGGUCCUUGCGAUCUCCUGCGGCGUAAGAUAUUCGUCCUCUUCGUUCUGAUCGGCUGCAGCGAUGGCUACUUUAAUAUAUUCAUCAGCCAUUCUCAAGUCAUGAAGCUUUUAGGACUCGAGGCCGAGUUGUACUACGUGCGGGAGGGGGUGGUCAACACGUACGCGAUGAAUUUCGUCGUGCCAGUGCCGGCGAGCAUAGCGGACCUAGAAUUUUCAUGGCAGAGCCUCGUAGGACACCCGUUGCCGUAUUCGAUGGAGCUGGAUUAUGACGUGGUGGGCGUGCUGGGUGGACCAUCUUCCGGAAUGAUGGCGUUACUACCACCGAAGGUAAACGUGUCUGCCAGAGGCGAGGUACCAGUCACCCUGCAGGUCUUCAGGAUCAGAUUGCCAUGCUCGGGUGUUGUUAGCGCCGAAAUUCCCCUGGCGCUCAGAUUGAAUGUCACGGCGCCGCCCGGCACUAGAUACAACGACACCAUCUUGGUCUUCAAGAGAAACAAGAUCUGCUUGAAAGGUGUUGAGACUCCUCCCAGUAAUGAUUCGGUACGUUUGGAGCCCGAUCCGUUCGUCAAUGACGCCAGUGCACUUUACAUCGCGGCUAUCUGUGCUUUCGCCUUAAUUUUGGUCGUCGGCAGUGUCGCAAGCGCAUUGUACAUCCGCAAUAGCAAAGCUCGCGUUCAAGAAUCGCAGAAAACUCUGCCUUGCUGCAGUUACUCCGCGGCCGAGACCGGUGGCCUGGCCAGGAGUUCCGUUUUAGUUAGAGUCGACCCACGGCCCGGAAGUGCGAAUUCCGGAAGUUACGCCACUAUCGCGGACCUCGAGCCGCUCUACGCGAGGCCAUGCGGUUCCAGGGCGAGUUACUACGCAGCGAGUCACGUAACGCAUCUCAGCCAGUCGACCGAUCCAUGUGAAAAGGCCAGAGCACUCGCAGUGUCCAGAUCAGCAUUAUAUUGCCGUACUCUCGUGCAGGAGGGUACUUUUGGUCGCGUAUAUAAAGGAACUUUGGAGUUAGCAGGACGAGAACAAGAAGUCAUCAUAAAAACUGUUACAGAGGUAGCAUCCGCUUAUCAAGCCUCUCUUUUAGUAGUGGAAGGCUCACAACUGGCUGGAUUAGUUCAUACAAAUAUCGCCUCUUUGGCGGCUGCUUGUCUGGACAGUUCGUGUCCUUUAUUAGCUUACACAAGCACGCCUGGUGAGCUAAACUUGAAGGUCUACCUUACGGAUGGAAAUCACCAUCCAGUGACUAGAGACUUGCCGUGCAACGGCCGAGCACAAAAUGCCCCUGCGAGGCGGCUAUUCCUCUCGACGCCGUUGUAA